AUGGCAUCCGUGGUCGCCAAAUGGGUGAACAGAGGGCCCGGCCCUUCCAAUUUUAACCCAACAAUGACGAUGCAGGACGAGAUGUACCAUUACAUGGGUCCCAUGAUGCCAUCCGAGGGGCGGGUGCCUUCCUACGCUUCCGUUUACAUUCAAGACACUGACUACGCCACUCAGACGCGCACAAGGCUUGGAAACUCUACACGACUGGAGGAGGCACUUACGACGCAACUGACACACAUGCUGCACGAAUGCAACCCCUACGUGCAGACAUUUCUGUCCGCGUACCAGAUGGUCAUCCAUGCCGACCGCAGGCCAAGUUAUGAGCACGUGCGUCGGUACAAUGGUCCCGAAGCUUCUGAAGUGGCUGCAUUGAUCCCUGGAAAUGAAAACGGAGAGAUUGGGCGAAGAGAAAUGGUCGUUCGCAGGCGAGGGACUCUGAACAGUAACGGGAACGAAGUGUUGGAUCCGAUUUCAGUCAGUCAUCGUGCAUACGAUCCAUUGAGUGACGUGCUUUUGUUCCCGAACGGUAGAGAUGGAUGGUAUCCAGAGCUUCGAUUCUCCAGUGAGGACGACGGCAGACGUACCAAGAUAACUCCGAUGAUGUUCUACGGAUGGCAUUUGUUCGAAAGGGCAGGUGAGUUCAUCUUGAUGUUACACGCAGCGCGACUCUUUCAGCAAUAUUUAGUUGACCAGUUCUGCAAAGUGGAGGCAGAAAGGCUUUCGUAUCUCCGCCACAACCAGACAAAGCUUCGAGCGGCGGACCACACCUCACUUGGCGACAGCCUAGGAGACUCCGGUCGUGCUGAAGAUGAAGCCGACGCUGUACGUGCAGGACGACUGUUCAUUCUCCCUUCUACGCACAUCGGAUGUUACAGCUACAUGAGGCAGCAGAUGCACGGCAUCAUUGCUAUAUCUUACCAAAUUGGCCACCCGGACAUCUUCCUCACCAUGACAUACAAUCCUAGCUGGCCGGAGAUCACAAGAGCCCUGCUGCCCAAUCAAACUCCUCAGGACAGACUGGAUCUGUGCGCACGUGUGUUUCGUCUCAAAAUGAAGGAUCUCAUGUCCUUGGUCAUCAACGAGGAUGUGUUCGGAACCGUCGUUGCCCAUGUACGAGUCAUCAAAUUUCAGAAACGAGGUCUUCCCCACGCUCACGUGGUAUUCUUCCUAGAUGAGAUCUCCAAGAAUGAUCUGCGUAAUCCCGAAAACGUCGACCGCAUUAUCUCUGCCGAGAUCCCGUCUGCCCAAGAUCCAGAACUCCAAGAGGUCGUGCUUAAGCAUAUGAUUCACAAUCCAUGUGGAGAACGCAAUCCAACAGCCGUGUGCAUUGUCGAGCAGUACUGCAGGAAAAGGUUUCCAAAACCGUUCAAACACGAAACCAGCCAGUCCGAAAGUGGCGUCUCCAUCGAGCGUCCCUCCCGUAUUGGCCGACGACAGCAAUCCGUCGUGGUCGACAACUCCUGGUUCGUGCCCCACAGUCUACUUCUAAGAUCGUUCGCUUUCCAUUUGAAUGUGGAACUCUGCGUGUCACGCGUUGGCGGAAUCAAGUACCUCUUCAAGCAUGUGUGCAAGGGACAAGACCGAGUGACCAUGGAAAUCACUUCCAAAAACGAGUGCUACGACGAGAUCUCGAACUUCCAAGAUACGUGUCCGCAUCGGAGGCCGCAUGGAGGUUAUUCUCCUUUGAUAUGUUGUGGAUCGCAAUCCUCCACCAACGAAAAUUACCCAAGCGCGAGGCAUAUUCGGUACCACAAGUUUCCAAAGUACUUUACGUGGAAGAAAAGCAGCAAGUCAUGGACCUACGAUUUCAGUGGCACGGGCGCCAACGUAGUCAGUCGAAUCUAUACUGUCAGUUCGAGGGAGGGUGAGCGCUACUUUCUUCGCCUCCUCCUCACACAAGUGCCGGGGGCAACAUCCUUCGAGAACUUGCGAAACAUCGACGGCGAGCAGUGCACCAGCUUCCGACAAGCGUGCUUACGACUUGGUUUGCUGGCCAACGAUGCCGAGUGGAAGCACGCCGUCCGAGAUUCAUUCCGGUCAAGCUUCGUUCCCCUUUCUCAUCUGUUCGCUACGAUUCUCGCACAUUGCCAACCUUCGGAUCCUCUCUCGCUGUGGAACGACAACCUGCACAUGUUUCUCACCGAUAUUCGCAAUCGCGCGCGCGGACAACCCAUUCGAAGACAGCAGCUUCGCGAUGAUCACCACGCCACAUCUUACGUGCUUGGAGAGGUACAGGAGGCCCUGCAGACGGUGCGAUCCUCCAGCGCCGUUGCGGGACCUUCUAUGCCAACACAAAGUAGUCGUCUCUUCUUCCUCGAUGCUCCUGGCGGAACAGGCAAAACGUUCGUGCUCAGCGCCAUUCAAGACUUCCUUCGUUCGCGCCCCAAGCAAGUCAUCGCCGUCGCCACAUCUGCUGUGGCUGCAGUGUUGCUCGACGGUGGACGCACCGCUCAUUCCGUGUUCAAGAUUCCCAUUCCUGUAUCUGCCGAAAGCACUUGCAACUUCUCCACAAACUCCGAUACCGGUCGUACAUUGCAACAAGUCGAUCUUAUCAUAUGGGACGAGAUCGUCAUGUGCUAUCGAAACUGCAUUGAGACUGUCGAUCGCUCCCUUCGCGACUUGAUGCAAACCGACCGGCCCUUCGGAGGAAAGUUCCUCGUGCUCGCUAGAGACUUUAGACAAAUCCUUCCCGUCGUUCCGGGCGGGUCCAGAGGUCAAAUCGUGAGCGCGUGCGUCAAAUCUUCCCCACUGUAUCGAGAGUGCCGACUCCUGUGCCUUACCGAGAACAUGCGCCUCACUGCUCUCCAAGGGGACCCCGCAGCAGAUGUGGAGGCUCUCAACUUCCCACAGUUCCUCCUCAGCGUCGGGGAAGGCAGACUUCAAUGCGAUCAGCGCCCGGAAUGGAUCUCACUACCACAGUCCGUAGCGUUCGAGCACACCAUCCGCAAUUUAUGCCUCAAGGUCUUCCACGGCAUUCGAGACAAUCACGCCGACCCUACAUGGCUCACAAAGCGCGUUAUACUCACCACAAAGAACAGACCGCUCGAGCAGGUCAACGAAGUCAUCGGCAACAUGAUGCCGGGACCGUAUCGAACAUAUUUAAGCGCAGACAAGGUCGAGAGCGAAGACACCAACGCGCUGAUCUAUCCCACGGAAAUGCUCAACACCUUGACGGCCGGGUCUGAUCUGCCAGACCACAAGCUCAAGCUCAAGAAAGGUUUCAUCGUCAUGCUUCUGCGCAAUCUCGAUCCCACUUCCGGUCACGUCAACGGCGCUCGAUAUGUCAUCGAGAAAAUGACCAACAACCUAUUCUUUCUACGCGUUACCUCGGGGUCACAUGAAGGCAACAGACUCUGCCUUCCACGAAUGCCCUGCGGACCAGGUGACGACAACUUCCCAUUCCUGGCUUUACUCGAACGCAGUUACCCAUUCGCACGUGCUUCGCCCUUACAACGAACAAAGCCCAAGGCCAGUCCUUCGGUGGCCGUAUUGGUCUCGACCUACGAGAUCAUUGCUUCUCGCACAGUCAACUCUACGUCGCAUUAUCGAGGACUACUCACUCAAGUAACGUCACUAUCCUCACUCGAGAGUCCGAUGCAACAACGCGAAACGUAG